AUUGAAAUGAGAAAAAAAUUUUGAUGAAAAAGUUUUAUAAAGCAUUGAAAAGAAGACUAAUCAAAUGAUCUCCUUCUUGAACAAAGCAAAGAUUCUACAAAACGAAAUGAUAUCGAGGGGACAAACUGUAAUCAUUUAAAUAUAUAUUAAUUUACAUAUAUAAAUACUGAUUGAUUCAAGAGAUGUUUUCUGUGAUAAAAAAUGCAAUGAGACGUUCUACAAUUAUAUUUAACAUCGCUCGUGUUGCGACUCGUUCAUAUCGUCGUUUUCUAGUGGUUUUACUUGUAUUAUUCCUGGUGUUUUAUAUUUCAAGCUCUCUGUACACUUUUGUAGUAGACUUUUAUAUCCCAACUAUGCAGCCAGAGCCAAUUAGAAAAGAUAUGUCAAAAAUGGCCAUUAUUGAAGAUCAAGUCAAUUUUAUACCUUCGAUUAUCAAGCCUGAAGUGAUAACAGACAAACUGUUUGUGUUAGUACUGAUCAACUCGGCUGCUGGAAGCGAGACACAUUAUCGUAAAAGGAUGGCAAUUCGAAACACUUGGGGUAAGCCUAUUGGUAGAAACCAAUGGAAAAUUACAUUUUUUCUUGGCAGGACUGGCAAGCCAUUAAUAGACGAAAACCGAUUAAUGGAAGCGAAAAAAUAUGGGGAUAUUAUAAUCGGAGAUUUUCCAGAUACGUAUCGAAAUAUCACGCAGAAACUCAUGAUGGCUUUCAAAUGGGCAUCGGAACAAAACUAUGAGUACUUAUUAAAAACAGAUGAUGAUGUUUAUAUUAACGUACCUUUAUUAAUUAACUGGAUUAAUGAGCAAUCAGAGCCUGGGAGAGCAUUAUUUGCUGGAGUGUUAUAUAGGGCUUAUGUGAUCAGGGAUCCGUCUCAUCGUCAUUUUGUGAGCUGGAAUGAUUUGCAGCAGAAACGUUAUCCUUGGUACCCAAAAGGUGCUUUGUAUGUCUUGUCGAGUGGAGUUGUUCGAGGCAUGGUGGAAAUAACGAAUCGUGUUAAAAUGAUUACUGUCGACGAUGCAUAUGUUGGUGUCUUGGCGUCGUAUCUAGGAGUCAAGCCUGUUCGGUUGCAUGGAUUUAUACAAUGGGGUUUCCUGCCUAAUUUGAUAGAGUUAUUUGAUGUGUGUACAUAUUUGAAUAUUAUUGGAAUGGCAGAUAAUUUGACUCCAGAUGAUAUUUAUUUUGUUCAUCAAGAAGUCACUUUAUUACGAGAUUCGUCGAAAUGGAUGUGUGUUCAUAUUUAUCACCCCAUAUUAGUAACUGUAGGCUUUCUGAUAUUCAUAAUAGUUAUUUUAUACAAAUGUAGGCGUAAUAUAUUUUAAUAGUAGAUAUAUAGGACAAUUUUAGAGUGUUAAUUAAUUAGCCUUUUUUUGACACUCAGUUUAUCCCUUGUGGGUACUAUGUCUUCCAGGCCUGACAAUGUACGUACCACAAAAUGCAAUCUUUAAAUUCUUUAUCACUGUAGUCAUGUGUACAAUGGUAAAUUCACAGUUAUAACAUUGAGAAGUCGCAUUUCUCAUUGUUUUAACUCUCUGAAUUAUUUGACCAAGGAAGACAGUACCCCCAAAAUGGCAGAUAUUUGCCCAUAUGAGAAAGGCUAAUUGACAAAUGUUGCUAGUAAAUAAUUAUGUAAAAUUAACAAGAGAUGAACAAGUGCUAUAGUGAAUUAAUAAUGAACAAGCUUUCGUUGGAAGGGAUGCAACUUCCUGAAAAUAUAUCAGGAGAAUUUCAAACAAAGGCCCUUCGUCUGGAUUAAUGCUCGAAACAUUGAAAUUCUCCUUAUAUUUUUUCAAUUGGUUGAAAAUAUAUAAUCACCAUCAUUGCCUGAACGAAAGCUUGACUACCUACAUCGGCACAGUCCUGAAUUAAUAAAUGCCAAUCAGUUGUACAUUCAGCUCUAAUUUGUUGUAUAAAAAAAUAGAUAAUUCUCCUUAUAUUUUUCAGGUAGUAGCAUCCUUACCAACGAAAGCAUGUAGAUAUAGUUCUAUCACUUUUCCCUCGAGGUUCAGUAGUAGCACUGUUGCUCAAUAAGGGAUGGUUCAUACAGGAAGAAACCUAUUUGAACUAAACCUCAUUUAUACCAUAUAGCUCUACCAGUUCUGAUAAUUCUAAACUGUUUUCCCUAGAGGUCCAGUAAGGACCAUCUCUUAUUGUUACUACAGGA